UAUUGCUAGUGACUUCAGUGUUCAUCUUUAUCUAGCCUUCAAAGCCUCGACUGUAUCCUAAGAUGAUACAGAUCAGAUGGUGACAGAAGAGAAGGUGCCCGGGUCCUGGGUACAUGAUGUAUGCACCAGUUGUGUGCCCACAAGCCAAGUAUCCACGAGUUAACUAUCCAAGAAGACAAGACCAAUUUUGGAACCCUCUCAGGCUAGCUAUUCUCACAUUGGUAAUUGUGAUAAUCAUAGCAAUCGCCAUUGCUAUUGUUGCACGCCUUGUUAUUGCGGAUGAAAGGACCUUCUAUUACCUUGUAACCUUUAAGGUCACCAAUAUCAAAUAUAAAGAAAAAUAUGGAAGAAAAACUUCAAGAGAAUUCGUAGAACGGAGCCAUCAGAUUGAAAGGAUGAUGUAUAAGAUCUUUCGACAGUCAUCUCAGAAAGGAAGAUUCAUCAAAUCCCAUGUUAUCAAACUGAGCCCUGAUAAAGAUGGUGUGAAAGUUCUUGCGUUGCUCCUUUUUCGUUACCCUGCUUCAGUUGGUGUAGUAAGAAUUAAGAAAAAACUUGAAAGUAUAAUAUAUCAAGCCCUGAAGACCAAAACGUUCUCUUUGGCCAUAAGCAGUCCUUCAAUUAAAAUCACACCCAUUGAUUCCUUGAGGACAAGAGACCUUCUCAACAGCCGUUGUGGGAUACGGACAACCUCAGGAUCCUUGCCAUUAACAGCAGCUUCAACAACUGACAGGAUAGUCAUGGGUACUUCAGCUGCAUUAACAGGAGAGUGGCCCUGGCAAACCAGCCUCCAGUUAAAGGAUGCUGGCCACCAAUGUGGUGGCAGCUUGAUCAGUAACACAUGGAUUGUGACAGCAGCUCACUGUUUUCAGAAAACCAAGAAUCCAAAAGAAUGGUUUGUGACCUUUGGAACAACAAUCAUUCCACCUUUAGCAAAACGAAAUGUUGGCACAAUUAUUGUUCAUGAAAAGUACAACAACAUCACACAUGAAAAUGAUAUUGCUUUGUUGCAACUAGCUGAACAAAUUGAAUAUUCCAAUGACAUCCAACGAGUUUGCCUCCCAGAAUCUUAUAUAAAAUUGCCACCUCAAACAAGUGUGUUUGUCACGGGAUUUGGAUCUAUAGUAGAUGAUGGACCAACUCAAAACAUUCUUCGCCAAGCUAGAGUGGAAACCAUUAGCACCGAAGUGUGUAACAGAACAGAUGUGUAUAAUGGCCUUAUAAAAAAGGGAAUGCUAUGUGCUGGAUUCAUGGAAGGAAAAGUUGAUGCCUGUAAGGGUGAUUCUGGGGGACCUCUGGUUUAUCCUGAUCACAGGGAUAUCUGGUACCUUAUUGGAAUAGUAAGUUGGGGAGAAUCAUGUGCUCUUCCCAAAAGACCUGGAGUCUAUACUCAAGUGACUCAGUAUCUGAACUGGAUUAAUUCAAAAAUUGGUAUAUAAUGCAAAGUCUGCUGUUGAGUAAAAUGCAAGCAUUCUAUAUAAGUAAUAUUCAUUUGAAAUUCUUACAUCAUAUGUAUUUUUCAUCUGCAUAAGGUCUGGGUCAAUGGCCUGAAGACAUAGUGAAUAACAAAAGGCUCCUAUUUAUUUUCUGAUGUGCAAAUCACUUAUAUUCGUCCUACCAUGAAGAAAAUGGAAACUAUGAUGACAGAUAAAACAAAGUCCUAACAAAGGACCUCCCUAAUAUGAUUUUAAAAAUAAGUCUUAUUAAUAUCUCUUGUUUUAACAUCAUAUCCAUUCCCAUGCCCCCACCUAUUAGACCUAUCCUUAAAAUGAUGAAAUAUAAUUCCCCCAAAUCAAUGUGUCUGAUAAUGCAUUCAACAUUUUGUACCUCUAGUCCCCACAUCUCUUUGCUAAGAAGACCUUCCCGAAUUUAUUUAUAAUGUUUUUCCCCCCCAUGGAGAAGGGAGAAGGCAUUUUCCUCUAAAAUAUGAGGGAAAUUCCAACAUUGUCUAUCAAUUCUUCCCAUUUCUUGAUUCUCGCAAUAAAUACAACCACUUUAAUUGUGGUUGGGUACCAUAGGUAGAACCAUUUCUUCUAGGGACACAGUAACUGAAUUAUGUUACUUAUUUACACUAUCCACCAGUGCCUGAGCAUAGAUAUUCAUAUAUAAAGUCUGAAAUCUUACCUGAGAGCAAUAGCUCAAAGGACAGAACAUUAACAAGAGAGCCAGGAUUCACAAAGAAUAGGCUCACAUUUUGGGAUCAUGGAUAGUACAAAUUCUUCUUCAUAUGCUUCAAACUUCACCCAACUUAAAAUAAUUUGUCUAAAUAUAUUUUCUUAAAACCAUAUGAUUGAUUUAAUUUCAUUUGCAAAAAAAUCCAUGAGGGAAUUCCUGGACUUUCAUAAUGAUUUGCAUUUCUGAUUAAUAUGUUUCAAAGAACUUUUGCCCAUAAACAAGAUGUCAUGAGAUACUAAGAUCUACUGGCUUCAACAGCAGCAUGGAGAUUCCAGAUGCAUUUAUGCUCAACUCAGAGAACAAUGUGCAAAGCACAUUCUCUUGUAGCUGUGAAUUAUUAAUGAAGAGUCUAACUUGUGUUUUUCAUUUUUUUUUGUCUUGAUCUCUCUCCCCCCAUGGUUGUCAGUCUCUCUUUCCUCAAAUUACCUCAUAUUUAUUACUUAUCUGUAAUUACCUGUGUUUAUUACUUAUCUGUAACAUUGGUAUCCCCUAACUGCCUCUCCCCCCAUAGAAUGCAAGUUUUUUGAGAGCAGGCAAUAUUUAUUUUUUCUUUGUCUCUAAACCAAAUGCCUCGCUCAGUACCUUAUACACAGUGAAGAGUUCUAAAAUGUUUCUUGAAUCAAGUUGAAAUACACCGGGUUACUGAAAAAGCCUCGCUUAGCAGCUCUCACAGAUGGUACCAAGUUUUAUUAAUUUUUGCUAGUUUGUUUUUUAAAGGUGCCAUAUGUGAGAAAGAUAGAAGCUUGAGAAAAAUCUCAUAAUAAUCAUUAACCUAUAAGUACUGACUAGAUUUAAGAGGGAAUGUUCCUAUUGUAUUUUCAUUUUAUAGGAAUGCUAAUUCUUAAAUUCCAUGUGAAUAGCAGGUAACAGUAAAAAUAGAGACUGUAUGGUGUAGUGGAUAGUACACUAGCCUUAGAGUCAGUAAAAAGUAGGUUCAAAUAGUGCUUCUGACACACACACGGCUGUGUGAACUUUGGCCAGUUAUUUAAUUUCUCCAUUCCAGAAAAAAUUCUUUAGUACUGUAUAUUUUUAAAACCCCACCUAUUAGUGAUCUGCACUGGUGGAUGCAGUUUCUACAUCAGGAGAUGCAAACAAUAAAGAAACCAUGUUCUGGAUCAAAACAAAUAUAGUUGUUGAAUACCACUAGGGGAAGCAAGAUAAACAUAAAAUAAAACUCCUGUCUUUUGUAGGCAAAAACUUCCAAAGUUUUCUGGGCAGUCUCUAUGGUGUUCAACAUGUAUUUGGUUAAUAAUAAAAACCUGCUCAUGCUCUUCCCAAGCUUCUUGGAUAUUAAGAAAAAGAAGCAUAGGACCCUUUUAGAAAUUUCCAUUUUACUGGACUGAUGGGUACCAUACUAGUGUAUCCUUCUGAUUUCUCACUUAGAAUUUUCAUUUUAGUUAGAUUGAUACUUUGUCGAUCUCUAUGCUGUGAGCUUUUUUUCUCUAAAGGUAUUAUGGCUAUGUAUUCCUUAAUUCAGUUUAAUUUAAUUACAUUUUUGAAAUGACAGCAACAGUUGAAGCUGUAAGUUGCAGCAUUACCAAAUCGGUUCUGACUCAUAGGUGCAUCACAGGCCUCCCAUGCUCUAGAAUUAGUUUGGUCUCUACUUUGCUGACUGAUCUUAUACCUCCCAUUGUAUAAAUUAUCAUAUCAAUCUUUAACCUCAAUUGCUCUGUCUGUUAAAUGAUAUACUGGCCUACCUCAUAUGGCUGUUGUGAGGCAUAACAUAUGUACUAACAUCUAUUCGUCUUUGAAUGUUUGGAUAAAAGCUGUUAUAAAAAUGCAAAGUCUAUUAUUGUAAACUGCUGGCAAUGCAGAGGGUGACUUUCUGUUGCCAUAUACAUUAAGAUUUUAAUGUACUUUUUAUACAGUUAUCAACAUUUUUAUGUAGGAUGUUACUUUGUAUAUUUUACAAAUAUAUUUAU